AUGAUAGUGUUUACUUGUGGUGCUGCAGACGAUAAGAACCUUAGGAAUAUCCUUUUUCCCCCGCAGAUACUAGAGAUGAAGCUCACCUUCAAACCACCUCAUGUGCGUAACACCGUGAUUACAAAUGAACAGGGUCAUGUUCUGUACUCGACCUCGACCGCCUUCACGUUCGAUACUCGUGUGACCGUCGUCAAGAAGCACGUCCCAAACGAAUUCAAUAUUGGCAAAGUAGAAUCGUCAGAAGUCCUCGCAAAGAUCGAGUGGCACACAUUUGCCUCAUCUGUCAUCAAGUAUGACGGGAUAGAUUUGUUGGCGUCUCAGUUCAUUCCGAAUAAGGGGAUUCUUGGACGGCGGCGUGUUUUCCGAGGUCCCGAUGGACUGUUAUACAAGUGGAAGCUCGGCCCGCGCAAUUGCAUCCUCAUGCUCAACGGCAAGGAAGUCGCACGGCAUCACCCGUUGGAGAUUGGUUUCAACAAGCCAGGACAUGAAGCAUACCUAGAGGUCUUUUCGCCAGUCGAACAUAUGUUGGACCUAGUAGUGCUGACGUUCAUAUAUGUGGAGAAGCUGCGACGGGGAACUCAGGAAGCCCCAGGAACGGAUCGCAUGCAUGCACCGACUGAACCGGCUAAUUAG